ACGCAAAACAGACAGCCUUCCGGUGUGUGCACUAUUUCCUUCAUUUGGGACAGCAACAGAAAGGCACAGGGGGGUUACAAUAGGACAGGCAAAUCUGCGCUGGGUUGUUGGUGCGAUCGGUGGAAAUAGAACAUGGUGGAACGGAGAAAAAAUCUUACGUACAUCAUUGUUGUGUUGCCUCCUCCGUUUUCGAUGGGUCUCGCAGUGUUGCAGAACAUUGGUUGGUGCAGUUUCGAAGUGGUUGAUAGAAUAAGUUGUGCAGCUGAAAGAUGAUUCGUUGUUGGCCGAGGGACACCUUUUUGACAGCUACCCCGUAUGUCCCGGGCCAUUCCUUGUAGAACGAGGAAAGGAAAAAUUACAUAAUUUGUGCACUGGGGUAUCAAAGUGGAUCGUAAGCGGACGACCUUACGGCAGGUUCCAAUUAAAGUUACGAAUGUAAAAUCUAUCAUUAGAUUGUAGCCAUUAGAAACAAUGAUAGUGAGUUCCUGAAUGUUAAAUGCUUGCGUUUGUUGCUACGAUUAUGUAAGUUGCCUUGAGCUGUGGCACCAAAGCAUCGUACAGCAGAACGAUAGAAAUACCGUUUGAAAGGGGCAUUUUAUGUUACUAAAAACUGUCCAAUGAACUAGACGUGGGGCAUACUGUAGUGAAAGGGGCAACAAUUCAGCGGCAAAGCGUUAAAAAGGGUUUAAAGCAAAAUGCAAAGGAUGACAUGGGCGGCGGAGAGACACAGCACACUGCGCCAUCCAGGCGUCCCAUGGACCUACUACUAUCGUCGAAAACUACUCGUCUCUUGAAACGGUGCGACUGUCCUGGUGUGUUCUCAACUACUAUGUCCAAUUACGGGUCGAAAGAUCCAUCCCUAUCCGCUCGCGUUUUUACAUCACGAACGAACGCGCUGGAAUGCAUAUAUGGAUGUUGAUAUUGGAGAAAAGCGCACAGAGCGGGUGGAAUGGGGCCACUAGAACAAAAAAACAUGGUCCUUCCAUCACUUAAAGUUGCAUGUGCAGCGCAAAUGCAACGGUCGGACUCCCUAUUGUUCUACGACUCUAGAUCUGAAAAUCCCGAGAGCAAUCUGUCAAAUAAACAAAAAACCGCGACCAGUAAACAAAGAGCGGGGGAGAUAUUAAGAGCAGAAGUACAGAGGGAUUCAAGAAAACGAGACUCGCAUUCCUUCAGCCAGAAUAAGGGUUCUCUGGCCCCAUCACCGGCCGGUACAUCGUUCGCGGGCAGCAACGAGCGUUCCCGAGACAUCUGCUAAAGAGUUUGCUGUAAGCCAGAGAAGCUUCACCGCACAAGCACGGAAAGAGAUAUUCCGUCCCUUCCAACAUGAUGCCGGAGGAAGACGAAGAAAUGACCUCUGGAGGAGGAGGGGGCGUUGGCGGUGAUGGUGAUGGUCAACAGUCCGAGCAUCAACACGCCGAGAAACAGGGCAGCAGCCGCAAUGCAGUAGAACGUAGCUAUAAUUCGAGCUCGAAUCGGGAUCGCGACAACCGUUACGAUGACGAUUAUCACCAUCGUUCCAAUCGAGAUCGCGAUCGGGAACGAAGUCACCGUGACCACCGGGAUCAUCGUGAUCGGCACCGCGAUCGUGAUCACCGGGAUCGAGACCAUGGGGGCCGGUAUCGGGAUCAUUAUCGCGACCAUCGGGAUGAUUAUCGUGAUCGCCGUGACAAACGUAGCCGGUCACGAUCGAAAGAAUCACGGUCGCGUGAUCGUGAUCGGUAUCGGUCGCAACGGGAUGAUCGUGCAUCACGUGAUGCGCCCCGCACGGAGCGUACGGUACAGGAUCGUUUAUCGGCGGAAAUCGAACAAGAGCUGGCAAACCUGCGAAGGCAGCAUGAUAUGAAGGAAGCAUUAAAGAAGCAACAGCAACAAGAGGAAGAUAAAGAAAAGGCAUCCAAUAAUGAAGACGAUAGCCAGGAUGAUUCGAAAGCUACGGGUAGCGGUAGCAGGACGAGCACUGGAACGCAUUUCACUGGACAUUUCACUAGAAAACAGAACUCGUCUAGCUUUUUGCCAAAAAAUGAUUCGGGGCAACCAGUAGAAUAUGUGCCCGAAAUACAAACGGAGGAAGAACGCAUCGAGUUCCAGCGCAAAAUGCAGGAAAAGUUGCAACAACACCUCGCAGCCGAGGGUAAAUUGUAUCCACCACCAGCCAAACCACAGCGCGAUGCACCAGCCCCUAUAUCAAUGACCGGAUUUGCAAACGACGGUUCAUUUUUGGAGAUGUUCAAGAAGCUUCAACAGCAAACAACCACUGGCAGCAAUGCAGCGACGGUUCCCAUGCUGGUGCCGACCACAGCAACCGGCAUUCCGCCGGGUGUGAAACCUAUGAUGGUUCCUACUGCCGCUCUACCGAGAAUGCCACUCGUCGCACAAAAAGCGGGUCCAUUUAAAAUGGGUCCCACCGUUCCUACGGCUGCAGUGUCGCAGGUGGUGAAAUCUUCGGCAAUAGACAAGGAACCUCCACCACCGGUGUUGCCCGUUUUUGGACGGCGGCGAGGUGGAAAGAUUCUGAAGACUGGAAUGGUUAAGAAGGUUCGACCGGUUGAAGAGUCGACGACAGACGCGCCAAACGAUGCCUGGACGCUUUACCUGCAGGAGGUCAAGAAGUACAAAAGUGCUUCUUGUGAUGCAGAUUCGAAAACGCGUCCCCUGGUCAAAUAAGGAUAAUGCGGAUGGGCAGAGCAUCAGUUUUGGAAGGUUUUUGUUUUUGUCUCGGGAGAAAGCAAAUUAUAAUUUUGGGGUAUUUUGUUAUUUAUAACACUUUUUCGGAAUAAUGUUUCUAUUCUGCUCCACGUUGCUGAAGGAGUGUGAUGAAGUUGGUAUUACAUUUGAGUGAAACAUGGAAAGGUCGUAACUAAAAGAUUCUCGUUUUUGUAUUUGGCAUGUCGGCCUUUAGAUAUGUACAUAGGUUAUCUAAGGUUCUGAAUUUCAAAUAUCUUCGCAACAAGGGUUUUAUUGCAUACCCUUUAAGUGCUAUCAUUUGCUUAGGUGCAAAUGAUAUUUUGCUGUUUAGUGCAGGCAAUAUAUACACAUAAUUUUAUUGGGGAUAGGAAAUAGAGCGCACACGGCUGUUCAACUUUUUCUCCCACCAUCCUCCCUUUGGUGCGGGGUAUAUACACAUAGACAACAACAAAACUUGACGAUAUUUU